GUUAUAAUGCACCCUCUAAAACCUCGAAUAUCUACUGCAAAAGGUGUCAUCUACAUCUCUGUAAUCUGGAUCAUGGCAACCUGUUUUUCCCUACCACAUGCUAUCUACCAAAAACUCUUUACCUUUGAAUACAGUGAGGAGGUUACCCGCUGCCUGUGUCUGCCGGAUUUCCCCGAGCCUGCUGACCUCUUUUGGAAGUACCUCGACUUAACAACCUUCAUUUUGCUCUAUGUCCUGCCACUUCUGAUCAUCUCUGCUGCCUACAUUACAGUGGCCAAGAAACUCUGGCUGCGCAAUGUCAUCGGGGACGUCACCACUGAGCAGUACUUGUCCCUUCGCAAGAAAAAUAGGAAGACCAUAAAGAUGCUGAUGCUUGUUGUCAUCCUCUUCGCAGUCUGCUGGUUCCCCUUGAAUUGCUACGUAGUCCUCCUCUCCAGCCAGACCAUCCACACCAACAAUGCCCUGUACUUUGCUUUUCACUGGUUUGCAAUGAGCAGCACCUGCUACAACCCCUUCAUCUACUGCUGGCUCAACGACAGCUUCCGAUCAGAACUGAAGGCUUUGCUCAACAUGUGCAGAAAACCUCCUGGACCUGCAGAACAGAGACUUCCUUUCACAGUGCCAUCCAACCAACUGGCUUGGCCAGAAAAUGGCAACUUCAAGAGGUUACAGGCCUCCCAUGUCCUUCCAACAGCCUCCAACAUCCAGUCAGGAAAGACAGACAUCUCUGCAGUUGAGCCAAUAGUAGCUGUGAGCUAAACAGUGGCUCUG